AUGUUUGUGGAUUCCUGCAAGCGCGUCCGAAUCAUGAAGGGAUCUGAAGCAAUUGGACUUGGUGCGUUAUUUUCCAUGAAAAUUUAUGAUACCUUUCACCACGAGCCAUGGAGAAAUGCAAGAACAGAUGCUAAUUACGAACUUCUCGUGCCAGCAUAUUCCCCCAACAAGAGUACUUGCAGGGAACAUAACCAUGUGCGUGUUCGUGUUAUCGAGCUCUGCAGGGGUUGCACGGGUCUCUGUGCAUCGGGCGCUGUCCCCGUGCGUGCGCAUCGGGCACUAUCCGGGUCGCGUGGGUUUCGCGGGCUAAGCGUAUCAGGCACUAUCCAGGUUGCAUGGGUUUCGCGGGCUAAGCACGUCAAGCGCGGGAUCGUCGGACGGGAUCACUGGGUCUGCACGUCUAGAAGCGAGCAGGUCGCGGCAUCGGGCUCGCUGGUUUUCCGCUAG